AUGAAGGGAAAAGAAGGGUUUAAUUUUACAUUUUUUGAAUGGGAAAAUAAAGGAGUGUUUGAAAAUCGAAAUAUUAUCGUAAAACACCGCAAAGGACCGCUUUUAUCGGAAAGAGAAGUUUUAAGGCCAAUUCAUAAUAAUUUCGAAGAAAAUUCAAAAUUGAAAAGUCGGCCUUUUACACAGAGAAAUUAUCGAAUGAAGUCUAUUGAUAAACCUGAUUUUUUGGAUAAUUUAGUUUCAAGCUCAAAUAGAAAUGAAAUGAUCCCUAGGUCUAAAAGUUUUAUAAAUUCAAAAAUUGAACAAAGCAUUUUUCGACAUUUGAAAAUGCACCCAAAAAUAGCGAAAAGUGGCAAACUACCACAGAUAUUAAGAAAUGUAAAUAGAAGUGACUGGACCUUAGAUCAAAAUCUCCCAAUUAUUGGAAGAAAGUUUAAAAGAUUGUAA